AUGACCACCUACGCAUUGCAAACGAAGACAAUGCUCCAUCCAGUUUCUGAUACGUCUGCCCAGCUACUUCGACUUGCCGCCAACCGCGACGAACCCAAGGCCCAGUUGCCCUCGAAACGAAAGAGAGACUCACUUUGUGGUCUCGGAACGUUUACCGAACCCUUUACAAUUAGACCGCACGUUGGAUCGUUCUACACAAGCCCUGCAACCUUCAGACCUGUACGGGUGAUCGCGCGUUCCCAACUAUCUCUCAAAUUCCUCGACACGUCUCCCGACGAUGACUUCGCCCCACACAGCCUUUUCACUGCCCAGAUACAUGUCCUGGAGGAAGCAGACUUGCGGAGUCAAGGGGGAAGGGCCCCGAAGAUUCUUAUUGCACGCUGCGAAACGAAGAGAACGCUAUACGCGAUAGAGCGGGUACAAUUGUGUGUCUACAGCAUUUGCAGGCUGGCAAGUUGGCUUAGGGAGAAAGAUGUCGCAGAACUAUGGGAUCCUGCCAAUAUACGUUCUCUACCAGCAAAUCCCAAACCAGACGCAGAAACAACCACGCAGGGGGGAUGGUGGCGACAUGCUGUAGUUGAGACCCAGGCUGUAGAAUCACUCACGAAACGAGCGAGAAUGACUAUGCUGCGACCGAAGUCAGUGCCGAAGAUGAUCACAAAUCAAUCGCAUCAACCCGGAGAGGCUUUACGUGACCAAUACGCCGCCGGUCUAGACACUGUACCUACAGAGUUUCCGCUUGAGCCUCUGGUGGGAUUGGCAUCACCGCACGAGCAGCUUGCUUCGCUGGUCCACCAAUACCUCGAUGCUGUAUACAUGUCGAAAACUUCCUUGGCAUACUUCGCAAAAGGGCCUAUUACGCGAACACGGAACGCCUUUACCUCGACAGAAGAGGGUGCCCCCACUACUCAUGAACUGGUCGCAUUUUUGAGGACAAUGCUACUUAGUCCGAAAGCUAGCGAGAAGAAAUAUCAUGACAAGCUACCAUCGCUGAUCAAAGCGAUACCACCAGGAAGUUAUUCGGAUGAUGAAGUCGUUACAGGUGCUGGUAAAACAAACAAGUCAAAGAAGAAGAUGAAGCUUAGCCGGAAUGGCGUAUAUCCCCAAGAAGAAGCAUUUAUCAAAAAGUGGUGGCAAUCAGAGCUACCUAAUGGGGACAGUAUGGCUACUGAGACUAUGGAACAACGCAUUAAGCGGCGAAUUGGCGAUCUACGGGUCCGCGAAACGCUUGCUCAGCUCAUUCUUAUGCUUGAGAUUGUCGCACUCGAGGCUCUGUCCACAUACAAACCACCUUCCGAUGACACACAGAACCAGGAAGAGCAGAAGACGAUGAAGAAGCGCAAGAAGAAGCUUGACGAUAUCAAUCUGCAGCUUGAUUUACUAUUGGACAAGCUUUGUAUAUGGCACGCUACCGAGGAAAUGGGUAUUCUAGAUUUUGAUUCGAGACAGAAUGACGGUGCCGAUGCAAAUGGUCGGAGUGAUUCCAACGACCGACUGCACAGCUUCUGUGUCGAAGUUAUAAUACCGUUCUACAUCAACCGACUUCCAGAGCAGGCGCUCAUAGUCAAUAAGAAGCUCGGUGGACCAACCCAUAGCCAGUCGUCCAAACGGAAGGCCAUGAAGCCACCCCUCACCUCACGCAAUUCUGGGGAUUCGAAAGAGCCUGAGAUAAAGAAACCUCGACGCUCACUAGCCAGGGUAGCCACGGACAACACAGGGAGGACGAUUGAGCGAACAACGCCGUCUUUGAACCGAUCUGCCACCGAUUCCGCCCUGCCAGAGCAUGUCAAACGAGAGGGCAGCGAGGUUUCUCUCUCUUCCAUACCCUUUCGACGUAGUCCUUCCAAGAGCAACAGGCAAUCCAUGUCGCAGAUUCGACAUCUGCAGGGUCGUCAGAUUGAUCUUGCGCAGCCAUCGGCUGCUGCUUCAGCAAAGAUCAAACAGAGACAGCGAGUUGAGGAGGACUUGCAAGAGGCUAUCCUCGCGCUGAAAAAGCCAAAUCGAGGGCUGGCUGCUGGUGGUUAUGCGGUUGAUAAUGAGCAACGGGGUCUUGGAUUAGCCAACAAGUCAAGGAAACCCACGACAACGGUGAGAAAGACGAUCAAAGAUGUUCAGGUCUCGGCUACGCCUCGAGCUGGGCGUAGGACGAAGGACAUUGUCGAGCAGACGCCAAGCCGCCACCAACACAACCCGUUCAUUAGGCUACCCGCAGGGGAAGCACCUGGCUCGAGUGAUUUGUGCAUACCAUCCUCGACUGUACGUCCGCCAGCUUUCAUGGUACCGGCAACGGGCCAUCGCCGUCCGACGGCUCGUGAUGUAGCGCAGUCGACCAUUGCCGAGACACCGUCCAAAGUGCCGGACAGUAGAGUGUUUUCUUCAGAACCUGUUCGACGGAAGAUCUUCGCGACGCCAUCGAAGGCGGCGGCGCCUUCGCCAGACGGAAGGCUGCCUCCACCGCCACAAGUACUGGAAACGCCUGCCAAAAAUUUCGGCAGCUCGCCCCCUGGAAACAGUAACUCUCCACCACGACGUGUUGUUGCGACUCCGUCCAAGUCUGGUUCAGGCUUACCAAAGGGUUUCGCACCUGUUCCUUUUUCUCUGCCUGAUACCCACGAAGCUGAAACGUCAAUUUAUGAUGCAUUAGGGUGGAACGACGACGAUGAUGCUUUUGCAUAG